AUGGAGCGAUUUGGGGCCGUCGCGUGUUCCUGGAGUAACGUGCGCUGCGCCGUCGCACCUCGGGGCCGUCGCGCGCCGUUCGUGUCACGUGCCCUGCGCCGUCGCACCUCGGGGCCGUCGCGCGCCGUUCGUGUCACGUGCCCUGCGCCGUCGCACCUCGGGGCCGUCGCGCGCCGUUCGUGUCACGUGCCCUGCGCCGUCGCACCUCGGGGCCGUCGCGCGCCGUUGGUGUCACGUGCCCUGCGCCGUCGCACCUCGGGGCCGUCGCGCGCCGUUGGUGUCACGUGCCCUGCGCCGUCGCACCUCGGGGCCGUCGCGCGCCGUUCGUGUCACGUGCCCUGCGCCGUCGCACCUCGGGGCCGUCGCGCGCCGUUCGUGUCACGUGCCCUGCGCCGUCGCACCUCGGGGCCGUCGCGCGCCGUUGUGUCACGUGCCCUGCGCCGUCGCACCUCGGGGCCGUCGCGCGCCGUUGGUGUCACGUGCCCUGCGCCGUCGCACCUCGGGGCCGUCGCGCGCCGUUGUGUCACGUGCCCUGCGCCGUCGCACCUCGGGGCCGUCGCGCGCCGUUCGUGUCACGUGCCCUGCGCCGUCGCACCUCGGGGCCGUCGCGCGCCGUUCGUGUCACGUGCCCUGCCUGCGCCGUCGCACUUCGGGGCCGUCGCGCGCCGUUGGUGUCACGUGCGCUGCGCCGUCGCACUUUGGGGCCGUCGCGCGCUGCUGGUGUCGCACUUUGAUGCCCUCACACAUUGCUCUGUUCCUUUCUCCUCAGACUGUGGCCAUCGUUACAUACAGGGGAAGGUUGUGGGGGGCAUGGAUGCCCUGGAGGGGAAGUGGCCAUGGCAGGUCAGCGUGCACUACAGAGGCUUCCACAUCUGUGGAGGGACCAUCAUCGACGAGUACUGGAUCCUGUCGGCAGCCCACUGCUUCGAUAGGGACAAGAACAUUGAGGCGUUUGAUAUAUAUGUGGGCCUGGUGGACCUCAGGUUUGUAGGCAGUCACACCCAGUGGUUUGAGGUGAACAAGGUGAUCUUGCACCCUACAUAUGAAGUGUACCACCCUGUUGGAGGUGACAUCGCCCUGGUGCAGCUGAAAUCUCGCAUUGUGUUUUCUGACUCUGUGCUCCCUGUCUGCAUCGCACCCCCAGAUGUGAACCUUCAUAAUGUUACUUGCUGGUCUACAGGAUGGGGACUCAUCUCCCCACAAGGCCGCGUCCCAGAGAAGCUGCAGGAGGUACGCGUGCCUCUGAUCUCAUUGCCCCUGUGCCAGCUGCUCUACGGACACCUGUCACACGUUAUGUCGGACAUGCUGUGCGCCGGGGACAUCUGGAACGUGAGGACCGUGUGCGAGGGUGACUCUGGGGGUCCGCUCGUCUGUGACUUCAACCACACCUGGUUGCAGGUUGGAGUAGUGAGCUGGGGCCGUGGUUGCACAUACCCUAUGUAUCCUGCAGUUUACGCCCGGGUCUCCUAUUUCUCAAAGUGGAUCCAUUACUACCGAGAGCACACACCCCUGCCUUUUCAGCCGCUCCCCGCCCUCUCCCUCAUGGUGGGGGCCACCGUCAGCGUCCCUGUGACCAUGCUGGCUGUCCUGUCAAUGUUGUGA